CGUGUCUAAAAUUUUUAUUGUUUGUUGUUCAUAAGCUUAUGAGCGUCUCUUCCCUUAAUACAGUUGAUUGGGCGUUUUUGCUGGCCAUCUGUCUGUUUCAACCAAAGCUAAAUUUUGUGUCUACUAAUAUUUAAAUAUUUGCAAUGUCGUGGGACUCUUAUCUUGAUAAUCUCUGUGCACAAUCAAAUGAUUCAACUGGCAAAGCGCACUGUGGUAAAGCUGCUAUAAUAUCUUUAGAUGGAGGUGCAUCAUGGACUUCUCCAAAUCAUCCUCAUGGUAUUCAAUUAACACCUGCUGAGGGACAGAAGAUAGCCCAAAUGAUGAAGUCUGGUGAUUUCUCAUCUGCCCAAGCAAAUGGUAUUAUUAUGGAAGGUGUUAAAUAUCAAUUUCUCAGAGAAGAUGGAAAAGUAGCUUUUGCUAAAAAGAAAGAUCAUGGAGCUAUAACAAUUCAAAAAAGUAAAUCAGCUGUAGUUAUUGGACAUACAUCAGAAGGUUGCCAGCAAGGUAAUACAAACAAGGCUGUUGGUGUAAUUGCUGAUUAUCUUGAGAGUGUAGGAAUGUAAAAAUUAAGACAUUAUUCAAUUCUCAGACAAUGGUCAUGCUGCAAUGUCGGAAUUUUACGUAGUUGUAUUGAUCACCUUACGGAACUAAAUGUUAAAGCGCAUUUUUUGUUUGCUGUUUUAUAAUACUCGAUUUAAAUAAAAGUUA